AUGGGUGUGACAGCUACUGCCACCCAAGUACGCGCCCCGACGGUCCCUGUUGUCGUCUCUGCCGUCCCAGACGUCAAGACUCUCAGGGAUGCCAUCCCGUCGAAAUGCUUUGAGCGUUCUCUAGUCCGCUCAUUGUCCUACGUGGUCCGCGAUGUCGUCUUCGUUUCAGCCCUCUUCACUUCAGCGGUCUACCUUGCGAAGCUCGACGCACCAUGGACCGUCACGGCCCCCCUCUGGCUUCUCUACAGCUUUGUGCAGGGCCUGUUCUUCACAGGCCUCUGGAUCCUCGCCCACGAAUGCGGCCACGACUCUUUCUCUCCGUACCUCAACGUCAAUGCGACGAUGGGAUGGAUCCUCCACUCGGCCCUACUCGUACCGUUUUUCAGCUGGAAGUUCAGCCACGCGAGGCACCACCGUUACCACAACCACAUGGAGAAGGACACGGUGUUUGUGCCCAGCACGAAGGAAGAAUUCGAGGCAAAAGAAGCCAAGGGGCUAGGGCUCUUCGCCAAGCUGGUGGACCACACUGCGGCGGAUACGCCGAUCCUUACCCUCGGUUCGCUCGUGGUGCAUCAGGUCUUCGGAUGGCCGAUGUACAUGUUCCUCAACGCCGGCGCGGGAUACAAGUCUCUAGUCCAGGGCUCGCGGGACACAGUCGCCAGGCACAAGCAAUCGCACUACGACCCGCGCGCCAACAUCUUCACCGCCGCGGAGGCCCCCUUCGUCGCGAUCUCCGACCUGGGCCUUCUCCUCGUCAUCGGCGCCCUGUACGCUGCGAGCCGCAGCCUCGGCGUGGGCACCACGCUGCUCAUGUACGGCCUGCCGUAUCUCUGGAUGAACCAUUGGAUCGUCGCCAUUACCUAUCUGCACCACACCCACGAGAAGGCGCCGCACUACGAUGCUGACAACUGGACCUUCGUGCAGGGCGCCAUGUCCACCGUCGACCGCGAGUUUGGCUUCAUCGGCCGCCACAUCUUCCACGGCAUCGUCGAGUACCACGUCGUGCACCACCUGUUCCCGAGAAUCCCCUUCUACCACGCCGAAGAGGCCACCGAGGCCGUACGCGGCCUGCUCGGCGACAAGUACAUUGAGCAGCGCACCAACUUCAUGGCGGACCUGUGGACGGCCUUCACGACGUGCAAGUACGUCGAGCAGGGCGCGAAGAAGGGGCAGCUUAUGUGGGCGGCGCCCGCGAAGGCGAAAUAA